AUGUUGGAGUACGAUCUUAGUAAUCUACCUUUAAAGUUUGGUAACAUCAAGUGGGCAGUGACCAGCUUCAAGCUGUUCAAAUCUCCAGGCCCAGAUCAAAUAAGCUCAGUCCAACUACAAAAGGCGGGAAAUACAACCCUAAACUGGCUACAUGAGAUCUUCGGGAAGAUUCUGAAGACUGGUCGCAUCCCACCGACAUGGUUCCAGUCAAAAAUAACCUUCAUACCCAAAGCUGGGAAGCCAUCGCACACCAGCGCCAAAGAUUUCAGACCCAUCAGUGUGUCAUCUUUCAUGCUAAAGACCCUGGAACGACUUAUAAGUCUCCAUCUCAAAGCAUCCAUUGACCCCAGGCUUAUGUCGGAGUCCCAACAUGCUUACAGGAAGGGCAGAUCCACAGAUACUGCCCUUCACACUUUACUCCAUAAGGAGUACACCCUAAUAGCGUUCCUCGACAUUGAGGGCGCCUUUAACAACGUCACUCCGGCAGCCAUAACUGGAGCUCUGCUGAGACUGGGGAUUGAUACCGGUUCGUAA